UUAUUGCUGUUCGCUUGUAGGUUCGCUUCGAUUCCCGGGUGUUCCUGACGCUGGUCAACCCUGGUGAUAGUUCCAGCCUGCCAAAGAAACAGAACUUCGCCCGUCCCGUGCUUUCCACAACCACGCGCACAAUGUCCGCUGCUUACGGGACGCGAAUGGAACCGGACUAUCCGCUGGACGAUACACUCGAAUACUUCAUCAAGUUCCCCUCGCCGAACUUCCGGAGCGAUACGCAAACGGCCGAAAGCGAUUACGUGUUCGUGUGCAACGAAACGAAUGUUCCCAUCGUGCUGCUCCUUGGCUGGGCCGGGUGUCAGGACAAGUACCUCAUGAAGUAUUCCAAGAUCUACGAGGAUCGUGGUCUCAUUACGAUUCGCUACACGGCACCGGUGGAAAAUUUAUUCUGGAAGCGCGCCGGCAUGCAUCAGAUUGGGGAGAAAAUUUUGAAGCUAAUCUACGACAUGAACUUCGACAGUCAUCCACUGAUAUUUCAUGUGUUCUCCAACGGUGGCGCAUUCUUGUAUCAGCACAUUGCACUUGCAUUGAGACGGUCGAAGUCACCGAUUAACAUAUGCGGCAUGAUCUUCGAUUCCGCUCCCGGCGAUCGUCGAAUAGUGGGUCUGUACCGAGCCAUUAAAGCCAUCUACGGGAAGGAGCGGCGUUGUAACAUGCUGCUAUCUGCUGUAAUGGCUGUUGCGGCCAUAAUUUUGUGGACAAUGGAGGACGCGUUCAAUUAUUUGUUGAAUUUUAUCAGCCCACGAGGCUACGAAGUACAAACGAAUCCAUCGCACAAUCUGAAGUACGAAAGCAACGAAUGGCCCCAGCUAUUCCUCUACUCGAAAGAUGAUCUUCUGAUACCCUACUCGGAUAUAGAAAAGUUUGCCAACUACCGGCGACGCAACGGCGUGGAUGUGCGUAUGGUUUGUUUCGAUCGGUCGGAGCACGUGAAACACUACAUCAGGCAUCCGCAACAGUACGUCUACACUGUUUGCAAGUUCAUCAACGACUGUUUAUCGCAUUACUACAGCAAAUUCCACAACUGAACAUCAAUUUACAACAACUGCGAGCUUCGUCAAGUGGAUGCUUAGGCAGCGUGCUGCAGACAUUUUAUUUCAUAAGCCACUCACUUCAUCCCGUACUGACUUCUGUGCAACACAGGUGCACCCAUAUUCUCUAGAAAGAACAGAAACGCACAUUUCCAAGCUUUUCCCCAGCACUUCUGUAAGGCACGCGGUGACUCUAGUGAUGGAUUUCUAGUUUACAACAUGCAUAGCAAUUGAUUUUGUGAUUCUCUUAGAACUACUACUAAGCAUAUUUACAAUGCCUUAAUUCAAGACCGCAUCAGGAUGUGGCCACAUGUUAACUUUCUUAUAGCAGUAGACAUAACAAUGAAUUACUAAGUGUAUGUGACGGCCCGAGGGAGGACAGUGUACCUCCAUAAUAAAAGUAACACACGAAGAGAAACAAGGGCCACAUAAAAAUGGAUUGGGUUAUGGAUACUUGAGUUGGAAAUAGGGCUGGCGUCAAUUUUGCAGUUUCGACAGAAAUAAA